AUGACACGAGUCUCCGUCUACAGCUCUGCCCUCGUGGCUUUUGUCGCCGCGACGGCGAUGAUCGUUACGUCCAUUAUUUUGCCGCACUGGGUUUCUUACUCCGUUACCGCCACCGACGGAAAUGAGUUCUCAAAACACAUUGGAUUGCACAAGAUCUGCUCCAACGUCGGGCCUGGCCCGGCGUGCAAAGUCUUCCCGACCGACGAAUUAUGUAGCAAAGAUGGCGAGAGAUAUUUCUGCUCCAUGUGGCGCUCCGUCGGCUUCCUCGCCUCCUUCUCGACAAUUAUGCACCUCGCGUCUUUGGUCACUUUCCUCGUCAUCAUGAGCGGAGGCAAGUACAAGCGCGAGACGGGCUGGAAGAUCCUCGCUGGCCUUCUGAUUUUUGUCGCGGCCGUUGAAUUUAUUUUGAUGGGCAUUGUGGCGUACCUCUUCGACAACGACGAGCAGUUCCGCGUCCCUGGCUGGGGUCUCGACACAUCCUGGAUUCUCUGCACCGUCAGUGCAUCUGUAUCUGUUCUCUGCGCUUUGGGACUGGGCAUUUCCUCAUUUGUUCUCCCACCGGAGGAGGGCUACGAGUUCCUCAACGACCCGCUGCCGUGA